GUGAGUGAGCAGCUGUGUGGUUCUGAGUUACUGGACGGGCUUAUACCAUGACAGUUCUUUGUGGUACCCAACGUGGGGCACGAAGGCUUGAGAAAAUGACAGAUCUGACCAGAGUGUGUCUAAACGUAUUUGUGAUAAGCAUUCAUUGUUUCGGAUUAAUAGUCACUUGUCACAAUGCUGAUUUAUUCGCUCUCAAAGUUGUUGCUCUUGAUCUCAGAGUUUCAGCAUGCCAUACCUUACUUGCAGCCGGUAUUUGCUGGCUUAGCGUUUAUUGGCUGGGGGGCUUGGGCUAAGGUUCUUGUUUCACUGUACUUUAUGGUAAUGACUUGUAAUACAAUAGACUUAUUGAUCAUGAAACUGAUCUGGCUUGUGUUUCCAAUGUGGUCAUCACCUCUAUACUUUGGGAGGUAUAUAAUGGAAGUGUUUAGCAAUUACACAUUUUUUUUCCUCCUCGGGUGGUCAACCUAUGAAGGAGACAUUCCCUUACACUUCCAGCUCCCCCACCAGAUUAUUUACAGCAUUAUUUGAGAGUUAUGAAGGUUUUAAAUGGCCUUUGGGUACCCUUGAGACCUGCCUGCUGAUUGUGAUGGGGAUCAGCAUGUUGGCACACAUACAGAGUGUGUUUUACCCAUGACCAUUUUGUCUGAUCUAGAAAGUUAAGCAGAGUCAGGUUUGGGUCUUUUCUAGGGUUAGAUGACAAUAUAGGAGGACCAAGAGAUUUUCCCCGAGGCUGGACACGUGCCCAGGCAGUCAUGAGUGGCAGGGUGUGUGGGAUAGUAUGGGCAAGUAUCUAGUCCAGUGGGCCCCUCCAGUGCUUUGGAAUUUCACCACUAAACAAGUGCAAAAUCCAGAAAAAUUAGUAAAACACUUAAAUGAUGUAUGUUGUCGUCCUGGUCAUACCAGCGAGGGACAAAUCAUGGCAACGUGAUGGGGCUUGGCCUAUGCUUACAGAGCCCUCUUCAACACUAUCCAGCACCUUCAAAAGGAAAAAAAUGUCCCUGGAUCUGAUGGCAAAGCAACAGAGCGCAGCUACUCCAGCUCCAGGCACAUCAGCUACACCAACCCUAGUGACAAGUACAGUACCUACUAAAACUUUGAUCGCAACAGACAGCGCAGCUAUUCCAACUCCAAGUACAGCAGCUACACCAGCCCCAGUGACAAGUACAGCAGCUACUCAAACUCUGACCGCAACAGAGAGCGCAGCUAUUCCAACUCCAAGUACAGCAGCUACACCAGCCCCAGUGACAAGUACAGCAGCUACUCAAACUCUGACCGCAACAGACAGCGCAGCUAUUCCAACUACAAGUACAGCAGCUACACCAGCCCCAGUGACAAGUACAGUACCUACUAAAACUUUGAUCUCAACAGACAGCGCAGCUAUUCCAACUCCAAGUACAGCAGCUACACCAGCCCCAGUGACAAGUACAGCAGCUACUCAAACUCUGACCGCAACAGAGAGCGCAGCUAUUCCAACUCCAAGUACAGCAGCUACACCAGCCCCAGUGACAAGUACAGCAGCUACUCAAACUUUGAUCGCAACAGACAGCGCAGCUAUUCCAACUCCAAGUACAGCAGCUACACCAGCCCCAGUGACAAGUACAGCAGCUACUCAAACUCUGACCGCAACAGACAGCGCAGCUAUUCCAACUCCAAGUACAGAAGCUACACCAAAGGACCAAUUCAUGCCAAUAUCGGUUUCCCAUGUACGCACAGGGAAAAGCAAAGAAGAGGCAAGAAAGAUUAAGCAAGAUGAAGAAACAAUGUACUCACCACCCGGGACAGCAUCUGACCAGGAGUUAUUAGAAUGUGAAUCAAAGGAAGAAGAGGAAGAAGAGGUGAUGUCUAGACCCUGGACCUCAAGCGAGCUACGGAAUAUGUGAAAAGAUUUUACUUGUCAACCAGGGGAGCACAUCAUCACCUGGUUGCUCCGAUGCUGGGACAAUGGGUCCGACGGUCACGCACUUGAAGGUAGGGAAUCCAAGCAGCUGGGAUCACUUGCUAGGGAAGGGGGAACUGACAAAGUAAUUGCAAGAGAGAAACAGUCCCUCAGCCUUUGGAAGCGGCUCUUGGCAGCAGUGAAAUAAAGGUUUCCAUACAAGGACGAUGUUAUGAGUUGUUCUCCCAAGUGGACUACUGUAGAGAAAGGCAUCCAGUCUCUGAGGGAAUCAGCCGUUGUAGAGAUGGUCUAUCACAUCAAGCCAAAUAACGGGGAUGUACCCAUAGAUCCAGAUGAAGUAGAAUGUACACGACCCAUGUGAUGGAAAUUUACACGGAAUGCACCAUCAUCAUAUGCCCAUUCAUUGGCAAUAGUAACCUGGAAUGACAUCGUACCACUAAAAGUGGAUGAACUGAUUGGUCAACUCCGCGAAUUCGAAGACAAUCUCACCCCUUCCAUCAUUUCAGCUGUGGAAAAACUGUCCCAGGAGUUCAAACAAUUGAGAGAUGAUCUCUCUGAUCUAUACAGCUCCCCACGUGUACCAACCCACGUCUCAGCUAUUAACAAAAGGCGUCCUACUGCUCGAGAGAGAAGAUAAAGGAGGUACAUGCAACGAGACACCCUAUGGUUUUACCUGCGGGAUCACAGAGAAAACAUGAUGAAAUGGGAUGGAAAACCUACCUCAGCUCUGGAGGAACAGGUGCGUGAACUGAAGAAGAGAACAAAGGUCAAGGAUGAUCUUCCCAUGAAAGCUGCAGCUUCAGUCUCUGGUGAGCAGGUUCCCAGAUGGAGCGGAAGAGCUGAUUUUACUCCAGCUCCUGUGAUAAAGAAGACUAAUCCCUGUCUACCAGAUGUAAGUAACCAACGCUGUGAUCACUAUUAGAGGGGACCUGCCUCCAGCCAGGUGGGGGUGAGGGACAGUUGGGUUUAGUGGACUGUGUGGAUCAGAUGGCCUGGCACAUCAGUCCCACAGAAGUAUAAGGCUCUAGUAGAUACCGGAGCACAGC